CGCCUGGGGAGCAUUUCUACACGAAUCCAGACAAAGCCUCGCAAAACGAAAUUACCCCCCUUUUCUCCCGGACAAAUUGCAGAAACACCCUCUCCGUUUUGUCGCGGCGGCGACGGCGAGCGCGACAACGCAGAUCUCUUCUCGUCCUAAGGCUCCGGCGAUCUCUCUGGCUGUGUGAGCGGGAGAGAUGGAGCUGUGGAGCAAGCUGAGGAGCCUCGACGCCUACCCGAAGGUGAACGAGGACUUCUACAGCCGCACCCUCUCCGGCGGGCUCAUCACCAUCGUCUCCUCCCUCGCUAUCCUCCUCCUCUUCUUCUCAGAGAUCCGGUUGUAUCUAUAUGCUGCCACAGAGAGUAAGCUCACAGUUGAUACCUCAAGAGGGGAAAGGUUACAUAUUAAUUUUGAUGUUACAUUCCCCGCCCUUCCUUGUUCUCUUGUUGCUAUUGAUACUAUGGAUGUUAGUGGAGAGCAACAUUAUGAUAUAAGACACGACAUAAUGAAGAAAAGAAUCGAUCACCUUGGUAAUGUAAUUGAAUCAAGAAAAGAUGGAGUUGGUUCCCCUAAGAUUGAAAGACCAUUGCAGAAUCAUGGUGGAAGGCUUGACCACAAUGAGGUUUACUGUGGGUCUUGUUAUGGUUCCGAAGAGUCAGAUGACCAGUGUUGUAACUCCUGUGAAGAAGUUCGUGAUGCCUAUCGGAAGAAAGGUUGGGCACUCACUAACGUAGAAUCAAUUGAUCAGUGCAAGAGAGAGGGCUUCGUUCAAAGGUUAAAAGACGAACAAGGCGAAGGUUGCAACAUUCAUGGAUUUGUAGAUGUCAAUAAAGUUGCUGGAAAUUUUCACUUUGCCCCAGGAAAAAGCUUGGACCAUGCAUUCAACUUCCUUCAAGAUAUGUUGAACUUCCAGCCAGAAAAUUACAAUAUAAGCCACAAGAUAAACAAAUUGUCCUUUGGGAAAGAGUUCCCUGGUGUUGUCAAUCCUCUUGAUGGUGUAGAGUGGAAACAGGAGCAGACAACUGGAUUGACAGGGAUGUACCAGUAUUUUGUGAAGGUUGUCCCUACUAUCUAUACAGAUAUCAGGGGGCGAAAGAUUCACUCAAAUCAGGUAAACAUCAUGGAUUUUAAUGUUUACCUUUUAUUACCAAGCCAAAGUUUCUGGCCAAUACUUGACUUCCAUCUGCAGUUUUCUGUGACGGAGCACUUUAGAGAAGCAAUUGGCCUUCCAAGGCCCCCGCCCGGUGUAUAUUUCUUCUACGAAUUUUCGCCAAUUCAGGUUGAUUUUACUGAAGAAAACACAUCGCUUCUUCACUUCUUGACAAACAUAUGUGCGAUUGUUGGAGGAAUAUUCACCGUGGCUGGCAUCAUAGAUUCAUUUGUGUACCAUGGUCAUCGUGCAAUCAAGAAGAAGAUGGAGAUCGGAAAGUUCGGGUAGGGUAAUUCCAAGUGGAGCAGCAUGUAGCCAGCCAGCCAGUAGGACGGUAGCCAGGAACUGAGCUGCCCUGGAAAGGCGAGCAGAGAGCUCAGGAGGAAUUUUGGUCAAGAAUACUAUAUUAUUGUAAUGCACUUCCUACUCACUCGACUUUUGCUGGUAAUUAUUUGAUCCCAGACGUGCCAAUCAUAGAGGCUUCUUUUUUCUUACUCUCUUGUGUAAGCAACCGGAUCGCAGUGUUUGUCUUAUAGCAGUUCAAAGUCUUGUGUAACAAUACUACAUACACAAAA